AUGACAUUUACCAAAGGCGUGACUCCUUCGACAGAAAAGUAUGACGGGUCUUCUCUACGUGUCUUGAUAGUACACACACGUUGGAAUUGUGAGAUCGUAGAAGCGUUAGUUCGUGGAGCAAAAGAAACGAUGACUUCAGAAUAUAACGUGAAAUCUGAAAAUAUUUCAAUCCAAACGGUCGCUGGUUCUUAUGAACUUCCUUUUGCUGCUCAAAGCCUUAUUGGAGCUUCGAGAAUGAGCCCCCAAAGUUUCGAUGCUGUUAUUUGUAUUGGCGUUUUAAUUAAAGGUUCAACAAUGCACUUUGAAUAUAUCGCGGAAGCCGUAAGUCAGGGAAUCAUGAGGGUUAGUCUAGACAGUGGUGUACCUAUUGUUUUUGGUGUUCUUACUUGUUUGAAUGAUGAACAAGCAUUGGAAAGGGCCGGCUUGGGAGACAAUGAAUCUAAACAUAAUCAUGGAAUUGAUUGGGGCCGGUGCGCAGUUGAAAUGGGUGUUAAGAAUACUAGGUGGAUGUCCGGCACUAUUUAA